UUCUCCUUGCAUUACUGUCAUCUGAGGAUCAUUCAAAAACAUUCUGCCCAUCUGUGAAUUAUUCCUGGACUCUUCACUCGGGGCAGUGUUACAAGUCCUGUGCUGGCGGGAGGGAGCAAUCCAACAAAAUCUGAAGACCCAGGACUUUCAGAAGCUGUGAUGAGCAGAUUGGGAAGCCACAAAACAUUGUGAGCUGAAUGGAUAGCCCAAUAAGAUCAUAGAGGUGAUUUAGUCAGGUCUGGCAGAGGAAGCUAAAGGGAAAAAGACAGCAAGCAUUGUAACGUAAAUCACCGCAGACCCACAGGGCUUUACGGCCCUAGGAAGCUAAUGAUCUCUCCAGAAACAAAUUGACUGCAGUUAUCCAGAAAGAGAACAUGAGGUAGAACGGGGAGGACAGACCCCCAGAUGUCCCGAAGAUGGCAUGGUGACACAGGCACCUUCCGAUGAUUGGGAGCAUCUUCACCCGCGGGUGCCGGCCCAGGCCAGUGGCGUCGUGGCUGAAGGAACUUGUCUACUGCUUUCCCAAGAAUCUCUUUCUCUCCUAAUUCAUGAGCCAGCAGGAUGCGGUCGCUGCACUUUCAGAACGCCUUCUCAUAGCUGCGUACAAAGGCCAAGCAGAGAAUGUGGUUCAGCUCAUCAACAAGGGCGCCAAGGUAGCGGUUACCAAGCACGGCCGGACCCCCCUGCAUCUUGCUGCCAAUAAGGGCCAUCUUUCUGUGGUCCAGAUCCUGCUGAAGGCUGGCUGUGACCUUGAUGUCCAGGAUGAUGGGGAUCAGACCGCCUUGCAUCGGGCCACAGUGGUGGGGAACACUGAGGUCAUUGCCGCGCUCAUCCAGGAGGGCUGUGCUCUGGACCGACAAGACAAGGACGGGAAUACGGCGCUGCAUGAAGCUUCCUGGCACGGUUUCAGCCAGUCCGCCAAGCUGCUCGUUAAAGCAGGAGCUAACGUGCUUGCCAAGAACAAGGCGGGGAACACAGCUCUGCACCUGGCCUGCCAGAACAGUCACUCCCAGAGCACCCGCGUCCUCCUGCUGGGCGGGUCCCGCGCAGACCUCAAAAAUAAUGCAGGCGACACCUGUUUGCACGUUGCCGCACGCUAUAAUCAUUUGUCCAUCAUUAAGCUCCUCCUCAGUGCUUUCUGUUCUGUCCAUGAAAAGAACCAGGCUGGAGACACAGCUCUUCAUGUUGCUGCUGCCCUAAAUCACAAGAAGGUGGUUAAAAUCUUACUGGAAGCUGGAGCAGAUGGGACCAUUGUUAAUAACGCAGGCCAGACUCCGCUGGAGACUGCCCGCUACCACAAUAAUCCAGAAGUUGCUCUUCUUCUCACCAAAGCUCCCCAGGUCUUGCGCUUCAGUCGUGGGCGAAGCCUGAGGAAAAAGAGAGAGAAACUCAAGGAAGAAAGGAGAGCUCAGUCUGUGCCAAGAGAUGAGGUGGCACAAAGCAAGGGAAGUGUCUCAGCAGGAGACACCCCUAGCAGUGAACAGGCUGCACCCAGAAAAGAAGACGCCAGAGAAGAUAUCCUGUCAGCUUCCCCAGAGCCCAGAGCCAAGGACAAUAGGCGGAGAAAGUCAAGGCCCAAGGUAUCAGCAUUUUCUGACCCCACCCCACCAGCAGACCAGCCUGGAUGCGAAAAGAACUCACAUGCUCAUAAUCACCCUAAAAAGAGACCCAGGCAUCGAUGUUCGCCACCACCCCCUCCCCAUGAGUUCAGAGCCUACCAGCUCUACACACUGUACAGGGGCAAGGACGGGAAAGUCAUGCAGGCACCAAUAAAUGGCUGUCGAUGUGAACCUCUAAUCAACAAGCUGGAGAAUCAGUUGGAGGCAACUGUGGAGGAGAUCAAAGCAGAACUGGGGUCAGUUCAGGAUAAAAUGAAUACAAAGCUGGGGCACAUGGAGAAUAAGAACCAGCACCAAAUGCGGGUUCUGGACAAGCUGAUGGUUGAGCGACUCUCUGCAGAGAGGACCGAGUGCCUGAACCGCCUGCAGCAGCACGCAGACACAGAGAAGCACCAGGGAGACAAACGACAGAUGACUUUGGUAGAUGAAUUGAAGACCUGGUGCCUGUUGAAGAUUCAGAAUCUGGAACUGAAGCUUUCUGGAGAGUCUAGAACCUCUAGGGCUAAAUCUACACCAUCCACUUGCGAGUCCUCCACAGGUGUGGAUCAAUCAGUGGUGACUGCAGAUCCUGUAGCAGCUUCUGACAGUUCCCCUCAGGUGGUUAGGCCCAAGGAAAAGGCCCUCAGCUCCACUGCGACCCACAGGCUCCAGCAGGAGCUAUCUUCCUCGGAGUGUACAGGCUCCCGACUGAGGAAUGUCAAGGUUCAGACUGCCUUGCUGCCUUCUAAGGAGGCAGCCAGAUUUGAUCCGCAGGCUGGACCCUGUGUCGACAGAGGCACCCAAACCAAGAAGUCUGGGAAAAGUGGGCAAAUAAGGCAUCGAGGCCAGCACCAGGCAUCCACCUGUGGGCAGCCACCACCAGCAGCAGGCAGUGAGCAGCCCGCCCCUCACGCUCGAAACACCUCCCAAGCUCUGGAGCUUACCCAGUAUUUUUUUGAGGCUGUUUCUACCCAGAUGGAAAAGUGGUAUGAAAGGAAGAUUGAAGAAGCGCGAAGCCAAGCAAGUCAGAAAGCCCAGCAAGACAAGGCCACGUUGAAGGAACAUAUUAAGAGUUUAGAAGAGGAACUUGCUAAACUAAGGACUAAAGUGCAGAAGGAGAAUUAAGGCCUGGGAAGUGGCACAAGAAAGAAAUGUUAGGAUUUCUGGUUUUGCAACUGCAGAAUACUGUGCCCAAAGUGUCCAUUACUGUGCACGUAGCCAACUUGCCUUUAAAAAAUUACUAACUUCUAAAAUAUGCCAGGCACAUGCUUCCUAUGCCCUGAAGUUAUGAAGACUUCAACAAUUAAAGUGAAAAACGGGAAGCUUGCUUAGUUUCCGAUUUCAUUGCAAGCUCAGAACCUCAGUUGGGGUUCAUCUGAAGUUCAAAAGCUCAGAUUAAGCGAGCCAUGCCAAGAAACUAAUGUGUAAACCUAAACCCUAAAAUUCAGGAUGUUUGAAAUAAUAUAUAUCAAAAGCAAGACAAACAUUAAUCCCUUGUGAAUGCAAAUUAAGUAGUCAUUCACAUAAACACAACCUGCUGUGCCUAGACAGGAGUGGCCUCUGAGAGCUGCUGCUGAGUUGCACUAAACCCUUGCUCGAAAAUUC